AUGGCGCUCUGCAACUGUGCAAGCCCACGCCUUACAGCCAUCGGCCCGCUGCCGCCAGGCCAGUUUUCGACGUUACCACCCAGUUGUAGGUCCAGAGCCGUCAAAUUUGGCGCGUUUGGGCUGCUCUUUGCCAGCCUGGGAUUCGCCACGGCAGCAACUCCUCUCGUGCCUGGACUCCUUGAUGUGACACGAUAUCGGUCUGACGAGGAUAGUCUGCGCGCUUUUGUUCCGGAGGAUGACGAGGCUCGAGAAGUCGACGACUUCAUCAACCGUCACCCCCUUGCGGCGGAGAUGCGGCAGAACCCUGACAUGAUAGAGUCUCGUCCUCAUAUGAGGCUCCCUGAAGCACUGCGGCGUCACAACCUCACGGGUGGCGCGCUCCUGGGGCCCGGUCGCAUUACGGUGCCCCCUGUCUGCUGGACCGAGAAGGGUGGCAAGUCAUUCGUGUCCAUCUCCCACCUUGGCACAGAUAUGUGUGGCCAUCCUGGUAUCGUUCAUGGUGGACUACUAGCUACCAUGCUAGACGAGGGCCUCGCGCGGUGCUGUUUUGGUGCGCUUCCGCAUAACGUGGGUGUCACAGCCAGACUGGAAAUUAACUAUAAGAAACCGGUGCAGGCGGGCACUUACGUUGUCAUGCGGGCGCGGACAAUGAGGGUUGAGGGGCGCAAGGCGUGGGUCGAGGGUCACUUGGAAACGCUGGCGGCGAACGGAGAGGAGCCCGUGAUUCUGGCGCAGGCUUCUGCACUGUUUGUCUCUCCUAGGUUUGCAAUGGUCAUGGCGAAACUUAACGCGACUUCCUGA